AUGGGACAAAAACCUCUUUUGCUUCCAACUAUGGGGAUUCUUGGGACCUAUUAUGUUUAUACACCUCUCCCUGGUAAUACUGAGGAGCCUUGGAGACUGAUGUAUAUGAAUAUAGCGGUGAAAACUAUGACAAAUUCGUGCUCUUUGGACUUCACUAAGAAUUUCUGGACUGCCUAGGAGAUGACAAACUGAACUGUGGAAUUUGUAUUCAGGAAAUUAUACAACAGUGUAUGUGGAAGCUUAAGACAUACAAUCACAAAUCAACAUAUUCAGAAGUGCAUUUGUAGCAUUGCUGAAGUACAAAGACCCAAAGAGAACCACCAUGAGAAAAAAGACAAUUUUGCUUCUGACUGCGGGGAUUUUGGGAGCCUAUUAUGUUUAUACUCCUCUCCCCGAUAAUAUUGAGGAACCGUGGAGACUGAUGGGCGUGAUUGCAGUAUCCAACACAAUAACAAAUUUGUUUCUGUUUGCUGAAUUCUUAGGAAUCAACCAUUUAAUGAACAUUGCAAUGUUUUUCAUUUUCCUUAUGGAAGUCCCACCCACAUCUGAUGAAAAUGUCACUGUAACAGAGACAACAUUUGACGGCAUUCCCGUCCGCGUGUAUGUGCCUAGAAGAAAGUCUGAGACGCUGAGAAGGGGCUUGUUUUACAUUCACGGUGGCGGCUGGUGUUUGGGGAGUGCUGCUAUGCUUUCUUAUGACUUUCUCUCAAGAAACACAGCAAAUAGGCUUGAUGCUGUUGUCGUUUCAACCAACUACAGACUAGCACCUAAAUACCAUUUUCCCAUUCAAUUUGAGGAUGUCUAUGGUGCAUUAAGCUGGUUUUUACGCAAAGAUAUUCUUGAAAAAUACGGUGUGGAUCCUGAGAGAGUUGGUGUUUCUGGCGACAGUGCUGGUGGGAAUUUAGCCGCAGCCGUGACUCAGCAGCUCCUUGGGGAUCCAAAUGCCAAGGUCAAACUCAAGACCCAGUCUUUAAUAUAUCCUGCACUUCAGAAUCUGGAUCUGGAUUUACCAUCGUAUCGAGAAAAUUCCAAUUUUCCAAUUCUGCCCAAAUCACUGGCAGCCAGGUACUGGAGUGAAUACUUCACCACAGACAGAUCACUUGAAAAGGCCUUGCUCCUCAAUCAGCACGUCCCAGUGGACUCAAGUCACCUGUUCAAAUAUGUUAAUUGGAGCUCCUUGCUCCCUGAGAAGUUUAAGAAAGGACAUGUCUAUAACACUCCAACCUAUGGUAGUUCUGAACUGGCCCAAAAAUACCCAGGGUUCCUAGAUGUGAGGGCUGCACCCCUGCUGGCUGAGGACACCCAAAUGCGUGGCUUACCCCGGACCCAUGUCAUGACCUGUCAGUAUGACGUCUUAAGAGAUGACGGAGUCAUGUAUGUUACCCGACUCAGGAACAAUGGUGUUCACGUGACUCACACUCACAUAGAGGAUGGAUUCCACAGAGCCUUUUCACUUCUGAAUUUAAAAAUUUGUUACAGGAUGAUAAAUCAAUAUAUUGAUUGGCUAAGGGAAAAUCUAUAGUAGCAAUCUAAGCAAUGGAUUAUUAAAAUAUGUAAUUCUUGGAUCAGAGAAUAUAUUAAUGAAAAUUAGAGGUUUUAUAUUUGAAUUGCUGUUUACUAUCUGUGACCUAUGAUUCUAGUCCUUACAACGUGGUGUGUGUAUGUGUGUGUGUGUAUGUGUGUGUCUUUUAGUGGUAUCUUGCUUUCUGUUUUAUUCCUUAGAUGUUGUUCAUUCACACUGGGGCAAAUACUUAGUUUACUAUUUGUUUUUACGUUACUUCACUCCUAAACUUACAACUGUAGCUUUUUGAUUGUCUAAUGUUAUUUAUUAGAUAUGGCACUUUCAGUUUUUUAAAUGUUAGAGUUUUGAUUGGCAUGGAUUUAGAGUCUUGGCAUUGUGUCCUGUGAAACUCCUAUGAAUCAUGAGCCAACUGCUUUAAAGUCUUGGCACAACACACUGCCAUUUGCCUAUAAUGGUACCAUCACUUCUUAAUACAUAACUAUUCAUGUCCUGGGAUACUAAAAUUAAUGCCAGUGGUUUCUCACUUUCCAAAAACCCAGCUCUCAUCUAGCGAUAGUUUGGAGAUAUUCAGGUUGGGAAGAAGCCAGCAAAAGGCAAUAGCCACUCAUUUGACUGGCCUGACAGUAUUGAGUACAGCUAGCACAUGCAAGAAAUAUUGUAAUCAGUGUGAAAAAUCAGAAUCUGCACAAUGGAGGGAAAACAGAAUUAAAGUUCCUCAAUAUUAGACCUCAGAUAUUAAGCUGUGCUGACCAUACUUUAAGUAAUAUUUGAUCAUUUUGGUGGUACACGGAGGAAGGCAGCCCAAUGCUGGUGAAGGACUCCUCUCAAUCUCCAGAAAUCAGGGUUUCUUUUUCCUUUCUGUCCAGCUGUUGUCAGCUGGAAACAAUUGUGAGCAGAUAUUUCAUUUUUCACUAUUUUAGCUAGAAAAAUGGUAGCAACCAUAGAAGUCCAGUCCUAUCCUUAACUACUUAUUGUAAUUGUAAAGAACCAUAGCCAUGUGACACAUCAGAUGGUAUGUUUACCUGAAGAGUGAUUUUUUUUAUCUGAAAACAUAUGUUAAAAAAACACUACCAAUAUUUUCUUAAGUAAAAUUAUAAGGGAGUAAAACAUUGAUAACUAACAAACAGGCUGCAGAUCCUAUAGGAAUAGUUGGUUUAAAAUGACAUGUGCAAAAUAAAUAGGAAUGUUUGGGGGCAAACACUAUGGGAUGAAUGUAUAAAUGACUCACACCUGUGGGACAUCACUCUAAUAUUUAUUUAUUCAACAAGUUAUAGAAAGCCUUUGUUUUUUUCUUUGUUGCUUCCACUUGUAUGCCCUGCCCCUAUGCCUCCUUUAAAGAACUUACACACUAAAAUAAUCGAUGUUGAAUAUUUGGGAAUAUAUUCUUAUUUGGAAUGGGAAGAUACAUUUAAAUAUGAACAUGAAUAAUGACCUAAACUACAUGAUUGAAGAAUCAAACAAUGUUGAAGAAAUGAACUGAGAUCAACUAUACCAGGCAUCCUCGGACUCCUGUAGAAGAUACAGUAGAGUAUGGGAAUGAUGACAAACCAAGAACCAGCAACAAAAGUUCUCUAGUUUUUAUCUAAAAUUCAAAUCUGAUACAAAAGUAAAUCUUGAUCUCUGAUUGAUACUAUUACAUAGUAAAAUAAUAUGGGUCAUUAUGGGUGUCCUCUACAUUACCAAAUGCUUUCUUGAAUUCUAAGUCACCAGAACUGGCUAUUCCUAAUUGCUAUUUCUCCUGUCUUCAUCAAACAAUUUCUUAAUUUAUUUUUAUAUUGCAUACACUAAUCUUGCAGGUCAUUGUGUGUACCUUACUCUAACCUUUCUAUAGCUCCUCCUGAAUCCCUGUAGUCUUUCUACCACACUCUCUGAAACUCAUGGUUUGUCAUAAUGACACCCCCAAGCUUUGAUCUGUGACUUCUAUCAACAUUCAUCUGAGACUAGUACUUAAUUAAACUCAAUAGAUGAUUAAAAUCCAAAGACAUAAAUUGAUGAUACUAAGAGAGUAGAAACUCUCUUAUGGGACCAGUGGGAGGUCCUUAGGUCAGAAAAUAUGUCUUGUGAGAGGUGUGGUUAUAAACUGACUUGUGCCCACCUGGUGUCUCUCUGUUCCCUAGCUCACCUGUGAUUCUUCCUCUACCUUUGGUCCAUGUUCCACUCCCUGCCAUUGCUAACUUCAUUAGUGGCCAGACCAAUGGGGCUUACUCAGUAUGGACUUGAACCCACAAAGCUGUGAGCUAAAUAAAUAUGUCUUCUUUUUAUAAGAACUUAUUUCAGCUAUUUCCUUAUAGAGAGCAAAAGUUGACUAAGUGCUUGCCUAACUCUUUUCUCCAUCUGCUAGAACAUUUCUAUCAGAGUACAAAUAUGAUGAAAUUUCACCUUUUUAAAUAAAAAAAUCCCAUUUCCCUAAUAACUCUAUUUUCUCUUCCACGUUCCACCCUAUUUAUUUAUUUCUCUUUAUAUGGCUUCAUUCAUGUUUAAAGUUACCUAACUACUCCUGCUUCCCUCAGUUCAUCCAUAUAUUGGAAUGUUCCUACCUCAUCAUAGAGAUUUUUCCAAUUGGUAUCCCUAUAUCUUUAGGUCCUUCCCUGGGAUACCCAUGUGACUAAUUUCUCUUCCUUCCAAAAUAUUAUUUUGUGAGCUCAAACAAACCCACAAAAAUAAUAAAUCAAACAGAUAUUGAUAAUUGGCCUGGAUGAUGGAUGAUGGCCCAACUUCUUGGGUUCCUGCCACUCAUGUGGGAAACCAAGAUGGUGUUCCUAGUUCCUGACCUCAAACUGGCCCAACUAUAGCUGUUGUGAGCAUUUGGUGAGUGUAUCAGUGAAUGGACUCUCUCUCAAUCUCUCACACACACUCACACUCAUUCUCUCCAUAUCUAUGUC